GAGGAGGAGAUCCUCAACUUGGCUCUCCGGAGUUGAUUCCCCCCUCCUGGCGCGGUGCAGUCUUGAGCUGUCCACCGGACCGGCAUGCACUAUCCGCGGAGAAGGAAGUGAGCCACGCCGACCGUGAAAGAUGCAGACUGAGGACAUGGAGGUACCUAUCAUUAAUAACCUUAACGAUAACGGCGACAGGCAGAGGCCGAAAGGGAAAGAUGUGUUCAAGGAUCAGCAGAAGGAGUCGGAGAGCUCCAUGGAGUCGCCAAACCUGGAAUUUGAGUAUGGAGACACGGACACACUGACUGCUGAGCUCUCCGAGCUCUACAGUUACACAGAGGAGCCAGAGUUUGCCCUGAACAGAGACUACUUCGAGGAGGACUUCAGGAGCCACGCUCGAGGCAGGCGGUGGAUCGAGCUGUUGGUGGAGGAGCAGAGGGCGUACGUGAUGAGGCUGCUGGAUGCGCUGGAGGUGACGGACAGAGACAAGAGGCUGAAGGUGGCCAGGGCCAUCCUCUACCUGGCUCAGGGAGUGUUUGAUGAGUGUGACACGGAGGUGGAUGUGCUCCACUGGUCCAGGCACAACAUUUUUCUGCUGUAUGACAUGGGCAUCUUCACAGCACUGCUGGAGUUGCUUAGCAUGGAGAUCGAUAACAGCCAGGCGUGCAGCAGUGCUGUGAGGAAGCCUGCCAUCUCUCUUGCAGACAGCACAGAGCUCAGAGUCUUACUGAGUAUCAUGUAUUUGAUGGUGGAGACCAUUAGAGUGCAAACAGAAGAUGACCGACCUGAGUGGAUAGCAGCCAGAGAGGCCUUCAAGAAUGAGCUUGCAUCUCCUCUUUACAACGGAGAGCCCUUUGCUCUGCUUCUUUUCACCAUGGUGACCAAGUUCUGCAGCAUGAAUGCGCCGCACUUCCCCAUGAAGAAAGUACUGCUGCUGCUGUGGAAAACAAUACUGUUUACUUUGGGAGGUUUUGAGGAGCUCCAGGAGAUGAAGGUGAGACACCGGGAGCGUCUCAACCUCCCCCCACUGCCGGAAGACAGCAUCAAGGUGGUCAGGGCCAUGAGAGCGGCCUCGCCCCCGGCCUCCGCCAUGGAGCUCAUUGAACAGCAACAGCAGCAGAAGAGAGGCCGCCGCAGCCGCAGGAGUGCCUUUGUUGAUAGCUUGGAAGGAGACAGUCCCUUUCCCAAGAAGCAGCCCCUUGUCAAGCAGGACAGCUUGGACACGUACAACGAGCGGGACCCCUUUAAGAACGAUGACGCCCGGGAUGAAGAGGAGGACCCUGAGGACACAGACAGUGGCAUUGAAGGGGAGGUAGAUCCUCUGGACCGCGACGUCAUCAUCCAGCCACCGCCGCCGCCACCUCCUCUGAGACCCCCUACAGAGAGGGUCAACUUCCCCAAAGGUCUUCCCUGGGCCCCUAAAGUCAGGGAUAAAGACAUCGAGCACUUCCUGGAGACCAGUAGGAACAAGUUCAUCGGUUUUACUCUGGGAAAUGACACAGAAACCCUGGUGGGCUUACCCAGGCCCAUCCACGAGAGCGUCAAGACUCUUAAGCAGCACAAGUACGUGUCCAUCGCUGAAGUCCAGAUCAAAAGGGAAGAGGAGUUGCAGCAGUGUCCACUGACUCUGGGUGAAGAGGAAGUGGAGGACACACCGGCAGAGAUGCUGUACCUGGGAAUGCUUCCCAACCUGUCGCAGUACGUGAUCGCCCUCCUGAAGCUGUUGCUUGCUGCAGCUCCGACCUCCAAAGCCAAAACGGACUCCAUCAACAUCCUGGCUGAUGUGCUGCCUGAGGAGAUGCCUAUCACAGUCCUGCAGAGCAUGAAGCUGGGAAUUGAUGUGAACCGUCAUAAGGAAAUCAUCGUCAAGGCCAUCUCUGCUCUGCUGCUCCUGCUCCUCAAGCACUUCAAACUCAACCAUAUCUAUCAGUUUGAGAUCGUCUCCCAGCACUUGGUGUUUGCCAACUGUAUCCCACUCAUCCUCAAGUUCUUCAACCAGAACAUCAUGUCCUACAUCAGUGCCAAAAACAGUAUAUGUGUGCUGGACUUUCCCCAUUGUGUGGUCCAUGAGAUGCCUGAGCUUACAGCUGAGAGCCUGGAAGCCGGAGACAGCAGUCAGUUCUGCUGGAGGAAUCUGUUUUCCUGCAUCAAUCUUCUGAGGAUCCUGAACAAGUUGACCAAGUGGAAACACUCUAGGACCAUGAUGCUGGUUGUUUUCAAGUCUGCCCCCAUCCUGAAGAGGGCUUUGAAGGUGAAGCAGGCCAUGAUGCAGCUCUACGUUCUCAAACUGCUCAAGAUUCAGACCAAAUACCUGGGCCGCCAGUGGAGGAAGAGCAACAUGAAGACCAUGUCAGCCAUCUACCAGAAGGUCCGCCACAGGCUCAAUGAUGACUGGGCCUAUGGAAACGAUAUCGACGCACGGCCGUGGGACUUCCAGGCGGAGGAGUGUGCCCUGCGGGAGAGCAUCGAGAAGUUCAACAGCCGCCGCUACGACAAGAACAAGAAUGGAGAUUUCACGCCCGUAGACAACUGCCUGCAGAGCGUGCUGGGCCAGCGCGUGGAGCUGCCGGAGGACUUCCACUACAGCUACGAGAUGUGGCUGGAGAGAGAGGUCUUCUCACAGCCGAUCCAGUGGGAGGGGCUGCUGCAGAAUCCAUAAUGCACGGGGAGGGAGAGGGGUGUGAGGGAUUGGGGGUGGAUGUAACAGUGCAAAGGUCACAUGUGAGCCUGUUGGGAGUGCUUUCAGGGCGUGUUUGUGAUGUAAAAAUGGAGGUUAUCCUGAGCAGUACUGUGGGAAGGAAGAAGAGCUGGCUGUUGGAAAGUCACCGUCUAGGUCGUGCAGCGAGAAACGAACCGACAGAGCAUCAAAGAUGAAUCCUAAAAUGGAGCAAAGUUAAUGAGCAACACACAACGAGUGCCACACACUGACAUGUGCCUAUAACUACUAUGAACACGCAUGACCGCCAAGAACAGAGGUAGCAGUUAUAAGAAGCAUCUGGUAUCGCUGUAGCAGGAGACUGUUUUGGCCAGUUAUACUGCCACCACCCCUACAUGUUACACAACAGAAAUGUCAUUUAUACACUUUGUCCCUUUUUUUAACCUGUCGGUGCUCUUCUGAUUCCUCAGUGAUGUUUUCCUAUUUAUUUAUAUCUGUGUGUGUGUUUUAAACAUUAUGUGAUAAAUGAUUGUUUUUUUUUGUUUUUUAAACACAGAGCCUACUGUAGGUAAAGGGACUGCUGAUUGUCGGUGAUGGGUUUAAGCAUUUUUGUUAUAUAUUUUCUAUAAAAGGCAAGCCACAGGGUUAUGACAGUCCAAAUGUAGAAAUGGGAGCUCUUUGCUCUGAAGGCACCAAAAAAUAGAGAGAAAUAUACCAGCUAUUAGUGUUUGGGUUUGUUUUGUGGAUGUUAAAAGUCUUUGUGUGAAGAAGGAAAUCUUAAAAAAAAGAAGAGGGAGAUCUGAAGUGAUGAUGUUUGUGGAGUUAAAAAAACAAAAAGUUUUGUCUUAAAAAUACUGUUUCUUAUUUUUAAGUAGAAAAUUGACCUUAUAUAAAGAAUAUAUAUAUUCCAAAUAUCUUAACUCCAUAACAAGCAAAGUCAAACCUAUAAUCACUGAUGUCCUCCAGGUUUUGUUUCGAUAUACUUGAGGUGAGUUUAUGACCGUUCCAUAGAAGAGGUCAGGGAAGCUAAUUAGACGUACAUUUAACAAAAUACUUUGAUAUUAUAGUACUGUUGGAAACACUUCGAAUGAACCUGUAAUGCUACAGUCACACUACAGGUUGGACGCUGCAGCGUGACCAAAAUUAUUGUGACCGUGUGCAGUGAACUUAUUGCCUUUGAAAUGGUUCCUUCAAAAGAUGGGGGACAGGUCUGCAACCAUUUGGUCAGUUGACAUCUUCAAAGUGACUUUGGUGUGCCAAGACAAAGACGGUGAUGAAACAGCAAUGGGAUUGAGUCAUUCUGCUAUCAGUCUGCAAUUGAAUGGGGCUGAGUUGGCAAUUACAUGCAGUCUGUUUGUGGUAGUACAGCAGUUAGCUGUGAUAAAUCAGUGAAAAUUGCAAAUCUUUUGCCGUCUACAGACACAAAACUAACAUUCACAGUCCAGCCAGAAUGUCCUAGAUCUGAAACAGAAAUUCAGAAAUUCCACCACAAAUAGGGAAGCAGUUGCUGUGGGAUGACGAUUUAACUGCACAAUGGCAUAGGUGUUUGGUAACCUUGCUUUUAUAGAGGAAUAUAACCAGAAUACAACCAGUUGAAAGCCAGUUGAGUUAAGUCCUCAACUCAGAUGGUUUGCAACUUGUUGGUAAUCUGUCUGCAUUUCUAAAUUAGUCUGCAAUUAUUUGCAAACAUUCACCAGACUGAGCGUGAUUGCAGUUGGAGCACAAUUUUAGAAACAGGUUGCCUCCCACUAGACGACCUGUGCGAUCACCUUACGAUUGGAAGCGGUCGCACAGAUCCCCCUCCCCCCC